UCAAUUGUCAAUCGAAGAGGAAAAGCAACCGGUCAACGAUUAACUAACAUCAAUUGUAAUUACUCUACAUAAGAAAAUAACUCAUUUGUCAUUCGAAGAGAAAAACUCAACAUCAUUGCAUUGAAUUUGCUGCUUUAAUUAUUCUAUAUUUAAUUGAUGACCGACAAACAAGGUAUAAUGAGCCAAAAACAAGACGCCGAUCAAAGUGGCGCAAUUGCCCAGAAGAUGAAAUCGAAUGAUGAAGAUAAUAACCCAGCUAAACGUGCUGUUGUUGCUGUAAACGAUGAACAAAAAUUGGCCGAAAUUUUCAAACUUACCAUCGACUGUUUUGAAGAAGUGUUCGACUAUUUAUCGCUGAAGGAUUUAGCAUCAAUUGGGCAAACAUGUAAACGAAUGAAACGAAUAGCCGGACAUUGUUUUCUAUUAAACUAUGAACCAACAACAGCAUACUUUCACAAUGGUGGUUUCAACUAUAAUCGUGUCAAGAUUGAUUGUUUCAGCAAUUUAAUACAAAACGUCUUCUUUAAUUAUGAGGAUGCUACAAAUGAUCAGACGAUAAACUUCAUAACUCUUUUGAAACAAUUCACAUCAAUAAAGGGACUCGAAAUUGCUGACGUCCAUUUAACAAUGGCUUGGAUUAAUGAAAUGGAAGCGAUCCUCUGUGAAGCUGAAUCUUUAACAUUAGUUUUUUCUGAUUGUGAAGAGAAUGUAUUUGAUGCAUUUGUUGCCGCUUGCCCGAAAGUCAAAUAUUUAUCUCUAGCACAAGAAACAAACGAAACCCAUUGGUUGCAUAAAAUCUUCCCAGCAUUGGAGCAUAUUCAAUUGUGUGGCUUUGAUUGGGAUGAAACACCAGCAUUAAAAACAUUUUUCGAGCUAAACACAACAAUUAAACAAUUUUCUGUCGAUGUGGUACUCUUGUGGUCAAACAGAGAGUUGUUCAAAAAUUCGAACAUCAAACUUGAUAUUUUGGCGAUUAAUUAUGAUUUUGAUGAUGACAAAAUUGAAUUCGAUUUAUUUUGCCGUUUGCUAAAUGAGCUAUACGAACAUGGAUUUUAUAAGAAACUGCAUUUUUAUAGCGCAUAUGGGGUCAAUCAAGAAGUUAUCGAUCAAUUGGCUUCAGUAAAAGGGUUGGUGGAAUUUCGCUCCGGAUCGAGUGAUGAUUGCAUCAAUGUUGGUGCUUUAAGUAGCUUGGAAGAACUACGCGUCUACGAGAGUCGUUUUGUCACUGAUUUGAAGACACUUCCACAUAUGCUUUUGAAAUUGAAACGCAUUUGUUUUUAUUUUGCCAGUUCUGAUGACAUUUUACCAUUUAUUUGCCACGCAACGAAUUUGAACAAAAUAAAAGUAGAAUGUAUUCAGAGUGGAUCACAUUUCGAUGAAAAUGAUAAAAUUCUCGAUUUAAUUGCAUUGAAUAAAGAGCGUAAGAAAUUAGUUGGAGCGCUCAAAAUCACAAUUUACGUCGGGGAAGAUGUGUAUUUGGCAACAAAAUGGGCAACGAAACAGACCGACUUCAAUAUGAUCGAAAUGAAACGAGAAUCUUCAUACGCGUGGGAUGUCUAAGUUAAAUUAUUAUUUUUUCGUACUCAAAUUAGUUUUAUGGCGCCAUUGUUCUUUAAAUAAAAAAAAAAAAAAUUAUAUUUUCAUUCAACAUUUCUCUAUAUUUCAACACUGUGUCUACAUAAUAAGUUGGAUGAAUUAAUCAAAAUAAAAUUCACUGUAACUUUGUCA